UGUUCCCUCGCUCGGAGAAUAUCGGUGCGACAUGGACAAUGCUCCAAUUCCUGCGCCACUCAUUGGGAAGCCAGACCUGACCUGCCUUCCGCGAUCUUUGUUCCCAGCACCGUAGCCGCGCGCUUGUUGAUCCUUGUGUGGGGGCGCUCGGGUCAUGUUUCCUCCGUGUUUUUAUCACCGAUCAUCCUCCAGCUGGCAAUAGCUCAGAUAGCUAUACUCCAGGCGUUCAAUGCGCUGGCCAGGUGCAUUGCAGUCCACCCAAUAAUGAAUUACUUUCAGCUCGUGUGAUUUUCAGCCAUAGCUCACCAUGAUCGAAUCCAUCAUCAACGUCGCCUACUACGUCUCGACGGCUCUCACACUGUCUCUGUUGCUAUUGCCGUCGCAAUAUGGCCACAGACAGCACAAGGAACGGGCUCCCACCGACCCGAAAACAUCAGUGCAGAUCCUAGUUCUCGGAGACAUUGGGCGCAGUCCACGCAUGCAAUACCAUGCCCUCAGUAUUGCCCGAGGUGGAGGCCGGGUGGAAAUAAUCGGGUAUCAAGAAUCCGAAUUACACCCUGACAUCGCCUCCGACUCGAGAAUUUCCAUCGUCGACCUCCCUCCGCAUCCGUCCUUCUUGCAAACAAGCAACAAGCUUCUUUUCCUAGCGUUCGGUCCGCUGAAGGUCCUUUUCCAGGUGGUCUGUUUGUGGUGGGCAUUGUGUUAUCGUACAAAACCGUCGAAAUGGCUUCUCGUUCAGAAUCCCCCCUCCAUCCCCUCCCUGGCGAUCGCAUCCGCUUCCUGCUUCCUGCGAAACACAGACUUGAUCAUCGACUGGCAUAAUUUCGGGUACAGCAUACUGGCGCUGAAACUGGGACCAAACCACCCAUUAGUACAGUUCUCCAAGUGGUACGAGAAGACGUUCUGCCGGUAUGCCACGGCGCAUCUAUGUGUUACGAAAGCCAUGGCCUCGGUUCUGAAGACCGAGUUUAUGCUGAAAGCGCCCAUCUUGUCGCUCCACGAUCGCCCGGCGAGACACCUACAGCCCAUCGAGGACGCAAACGCACGAGAGGAAUUCCUCCUCUCAUUGCCGGAAGCAUCGUCCAUGCAGUCGCUGAUCAAGUCAAAAGAGCUUCGUGUUCUAGUCAGCUCCACGUCUUGGACACCAGAUGAGGAUUUCUCGCUGCUCAUCGACGCCCUGUGUCGGUAUUCCGAGCUUGCGACCACCUCCAAACCAAAUUUACCCACUGUGCUGGCCAUCAUAACGGGUAAAGGUCCGCAAAAGGAGCAUUAUUUGAAACAAAUCUCCGAGCUUGAAAAGGCCGGGAAAUUACAGAAAGUGACAAUUCGGACGGCCUGGCUUAGUACGUCCGGGUAUGCGAGCCUCCUGGCGUCCGCGUCGCUAGGUGUCAGUUUGCAUACUAGUAGCAGCGGCGUCGAUCUUCCGAUGAAAGUAGUCGAUAUGUUUGGAGCUGGGUUGCCGGUGGUUGGCUGGAAUCGGUUUGAAGCAUGGCCGGAACUCGUGACGGAGGGUGUUAAUGGGAGAGGCUUCGGAAGUGCCGAUGAGCUGACCGACCAGCUUGUAGAUCUUUUUGGGGAACCUGGUAAACUGGAAAUUUUGAGGGCGGGUGCACGUAAGGAAAGCACUCGUCGCUGGGAAGAUGAGUGGGAUCCUGUGGCUGGGAAGUUGUUAGGGUUGACGUCGUAAGGGAAUAUAUAUAGUUGGCUGGGC